UCAGCGUACGAUAUCAUGUCACAAGAGACGUAUCAAAGGUCUGAUUACGGUGUUAAAGAUAAUUUACAGAUAUCUUAUAUACUGUCGUGUGGUCAUGCACGUCCCCAUACAAUCGGCGUGUACCACGUGAGUUUGCAGCAACAACAGCAGCUACCGGGAAACAAACUUUACUCAAGUGACAUGACUGUCAAUAGACAUCUUAAAUUUGGGCAUCAUUUGAAGCAUUUAUCAUUGUAUCAAUUUGUAUUCCUAAUUAGCAUAUUGACUGCGGUGCACGAGAUACUAGCUGAGAGCGAAUUAUCGGGAAUUACGACGUCAAAUGAAACUACGACCGGAAACGGAAUUGCGUGCGCUGAGCGAUGGACCUGCACAUCGUGUACAAAAGGGAUGACGCCGUCGUGCAGCUGGUCCGUUCUUGAACAGAUGUGCGCGAACAGCGUUGCGGUAGCAGCACAAAACCGGCUGGUGGUCACCGACGGACCGUCCUGUCCAAAGUUUUCAGUCAUAAAAAGCAACAGCACAAAUGUAAAAAUUACGGUUAUGGUUAACGACGGUGACAUUGGUUUCGUCAAUCUGUUGGCUAAUAGCAGCGUCAAGUGUCAGCUGAACAACAAAUUAAUCGCGGCCAAGGUGGAAGGCGACCGAAUCUCCUGUAUGUCGCGACCCGUUAAAUCGCAGUACCAAUUGAGCUGCUGGAAAUUUCAACCGGUCAUCAGUCAUCUGUUGAUCUUGUUCGAUGACAAGUUUUUGAGAUUUGACGACGAAAACGACCAUUACGUGACCUCGUAUCCUAGUGAUUGCCCGACAAUCAAUUGCUCACAAUGUUAUCGGAACAACGGCACGCACAGAUUUUACUGUAAGUGGUGUAGUCAUGAUAACGAAACCGAGAACACACCAUGGUUUCAUUACUGUGAUGUACAGAAUAAUUUGAAUUUCACGAAAUUGAAUUUCGAUAACAUGCAAAUCAACGAAACGUGUUACGCCAGAAGUCCGGCCGUAGUGAAGACUUCUGUGACGCCGAAAACAAUAGUUCAAUCGUACCAGCCCAAAUCGGAAGGUGCUGCGGACAACAAUAACAGUUCUCCGAUCGUUCCGACGGUGGACGACGGCCAAACAAUCGGCGGUAUCGUAUCUGGCGGCACCACGUUUAUGGUGAAGGGUCGAAGAUUUAGUAACUUGCUGAACAUGAAGGCUUGCGUUUUGAAUAAAACCGCAUGUGGCUACUGUAAUUUCCGUGACGAUACGCUCAUAGAUUGCCAAUCUCCCAAGAUCGUCAUCAACGAUCCGCAGCCGCAAUCUGUAAUUGAAACUCAACCGUUGGCGUUUUAUGCUAAAAACUCUUUCGGAAAUGAGAUAGAGUUCGAGUCGAAGAUCAAAUACAACAUAUACCAUGAUCCGGUUUUCACGAAUUUUGUGGUAAACGGUUGCUGUAACGUCACCGUAAGCGGUCUGUAUCUUGACCAAGGUUACGCCGCUAAGGACUUGUCUAUUUUACCGGACGCUGAUAACUCGUCGUCCCGUUGCCUGGUCACUUGGACGGACAGUACACAAAUCACUUGUCAGCUGUCACAGUCAUCGUUGUCUCAGUUAGACCAACUUCCAAAACAGAUAAAUGUUAAGUUAGGUAAUUAUAAUAGCGUCGUGAACAUAACGAAACAAAAAACCAGUCAUUUCAGAAGUUCGUUGUCUGGGAUAUUGCCAGGUGUCGUCAUCACUAUAGGUGCGUAUGUUUCUUUUAUCGCAGUUUUAUGUGUGGCUCUCAUAUUUUUCAAGUCUUCAAAGGACUAUGACUUAUUACAUUUGCAUGGCCGUCAACACCUUGCGGAAAUGCGGCCGCUGAACGAAAGUGAUGACUACGACAACAAUAGCGAAUCUAAGAAUAUUUUGUCGGUAUGCGACAAACAUUAUUUUCCACUGUCAAUUCACAAGACACGAUCUGCAAGAAAACUUACAAAUAUAGGUACCAUGUUUGUGGGUAAACGUUCAAAAAAACGGUUCUGGAAUAAUUUAUUUACUAAUCGACUAUGGCUGGCUAUAGUGAUCAUGAUGUCGAUGACGGCUGGCAGUUACACGAUGGCAGCGGUCGAAUCGCCGUCGACGGCCGCGCCCGAGCAAACCACCGUCAUCACGGCCAGGCCUAACGUCACGGUGGAUUGCGUAGCGCACAACACGUGUGCCGAUUGCGCGGCCGCCGCGCCGGCGUGCAGCUGGUCGCUGGUGCGACAGUCGUGCAACACCACCGCGGCGACGGAAAAACAACUGAUCGAAGACCCGGACGACGACGGCCACCACCACCCGCCGACACAGCCGGUGCGCGACGCCGGGUCGUGUCCGCGGUUCAAGGUCAACUACCAGAAACAGACCACCCUGGACACGACCAACCGGACGGUGAACGUGAAGGUGUCCAACGACCCGACCGGCACGUUCCGGGCGCUGCUCGAACGGGGCAAGGUGUUGUGUCAUUUGAACGAGAUGGAGUACCCCGGCCGGGUGGAGAGUGGCGGGCGGCAGAUCACGUGCGAGUCCGAUUACUCCGAGUCGGUCAACUCGUCGCUGUCGUCGUCGAUGGUUUACUUCGCGGUCUCCGUCAACGGCGUCGCGCUGGCGUUCGACGACAAGCGCGAACACUACUUGGAAUUCACGGUGCCUCAGAAAGCGUGCGUCACCGACAACCAGCUGGGGCCCAGCGACGAGUGCAAGGUGUGCCUCUGGGACGACGACGUGUACCGGUACUACUGCCAGUGGUGUCCAAAGAGCAACCCGUGCACCGGGUCGUACCAGCAGUGCGACGUCCGCCGGCUGGUCGAUCCCGGUCGCGUGACACCCGUGAAAGACGUGCUGGUCCGGUGUCCCGAGGUGCGUAUCGAGUCCAUCCAACCGCUGUACGGGUCGUGGGCAGGCGGCACGACCAUACGGAUCGCCAUCGGCAACCACCGGACGCUGUCCGAGAACAAGGUGACCGUGAUCAAGGUGGCCGACAGCCGGUGCCUGCUGCCCACCGUGUCCAUGGACGGCAAGACGGUUACGUGCACCAUACCGCCGACCAACUCGAGCACGUUGAACCAGGGCCCGGUGGAGGUGACGUACAGGUCGGAGGUGAACAAGUUGCUGCCGUCGUUCACGCUCAGGUCCAACCAGAGUUUCUACUUCGUCGAGCCGGUCAUAACGAACGUGUGGCCGUCGUGCGGUCCCGUCACCGGCGGCACCCGGGUGACGAUCCGCGGCCGGUUCUUGGACGCCGGCAACACCGUUCGGGUGUACAUGCGGGACAACAUCACGUGCGCGGUGCAGGCGCACAGCCAGAACGAGGUGACCUGCCUGACGGGCGCCAGCGACGGCCCGACGUCCAGCGCGAUCCGCAUCGAGUUCGACCACUACCUGAGCAAGUACGUGUACGACCCGCCGUUCGUGUACACGUCCACGCCCACCAUGGACGUCGGCCAGUCGUUCCGGGGCAUAUCGUCGGGAGGCACGCAGCUGUCGGUGCACGGCCAGAACUUGGCGUGCAUCCGCAAUGCGCUGGUGCACGUGUUGUACAACGGCAUACAGUACACGGGCGGGUGCGACGUGAAGAACAACACGUACAUGGAGUGCACGGCCCCGACCAUUAACCGGCCGGCGCCGCAUCAGGUGACCGCGCUGCAGUUCGGGUUCCAGGCCGACUACAACAACACCAUCGUCAAGAUGUUGCUGCCCACCGGCACGCCCGACUACACGCUGUAUCCGGAUCCGGUGUUCACCGACUUCGAGACCAACGGACGCACCGUUACCGUUUACGGUAUCAACAUCGACCAGGGUUACGACCACGACGCCGACCUGUCGGUGCUGUUCCACAGGACCGGCGUGCCGUGCAACGUUACGUCCGUGCAACCGGACCGCAUCGUGUGCCGGCCGCCCAAACGGCUGUCGUUCAACGACCACGGCGGUCGUUCGGACGAGGGUCAGGCGGACGACUACGGCGAAGACGACGACGACGACGAGUUACCGGCGGCCCUGGUCAACGACGAAAUCAUCGUCACCGUCGGCAACCUGGUGUACGAGGUCAAGAGGAAGCCGCAGACGAGCCGGCGCAGCUUCCCGGUCCGGAUCAAUACCAUCAUCUUCGGCGGCAUCGCGUUGGUGUCGCUGAUCAUCACCAUCGUGGCGGCCAUUGUGUACUGCAUGAAGAUCGCAAUGACUAUUUCCAACCAGCAGACGGAAAUGCGGUCGCUGUGCGAGCACCUCAACAGCACCGAAAUCGGAAUCAGGACCGGAACUGAAACCGGUAGCACCUGCAGAGACGACGUAGAGUCUGCCACAGCACCGGCCUGCAAUGAACGAUCAUAGGACAACGUUAAAUAUUAUUUAUUAAUAUAUCAUCAUCGUGCACGGCAGUCGUCUAGAAUGCACGAUAAGAUGACUGAGAUGAGUCCCUUAUUCCCGUGACUCGUGUAUAUAUAUAAAUAUAGGUAAUAAGCUUAUCGUAUACAAGGUGAUUCUCUAUAAUCGAACAAUACUCUUUAUUUCAAAACAUUUUUACGUUUUUGAAAAUAUUUUUCUAAUAUAAUAUUUACAUUCGAAAUAAAAGAAAUGUUUAUAGUUUUUUAAAUAAUUAUUCAUAAGUAUGAUUAAAGAAUCACCUGGUAUAAGAUUAAUAUAGGAGUAGUAAAUCUUCGCAUGAUCUACGACAGUCAUUCAUAACAAAUUAUAAAAUAUUUAUAGCAAUAAUCAUUUGUCUCUGUAAUUUUUCAUAUAUUAUUAUAAUAUAUAAAUAUCAUAAUUAUGUGAGUAGGCGUUUAGAACAAUAUAAUUGUUACCUACGUAAACUGUAUAACUUGCAAGGAUCGCCGCCGUAUAGACAUAAUGUGUAAUGAUAUAUAUAUAUAGUAUAAUAAUAUAUUCUACAUAAUAAUAUUAUUACUAUGAUAGAUUCUCUACGCGUGUAAAAAGUAAAAUAAUAUUUUUAGUGACAUAAUAAUGUAAUGCAAUACCUAAUAUUUUGGGUUAACUGCGGAGUUUAUAUAAUUAUGUAGUGAUUAAUCUAUAGAGCGUUGUACAUAUAGAUAUUAUAAUUAUAUUUUAAUUUUAAUUUUGAAUAA